AUGGCGACCGACGGUAACGCCCUCGCCCUCCAGCUCCAGCAGCUCGGCAUCGACGGCGUCGAGUCUUUCCCUGGAUGCCACCCUGACACCAACCCUGUCGACAUCUACCGAUCCCACAUCACAGGCCUCCUGGCACCCAUCACUGGUGUUGAUCCCAAGAUCAUCUACCCCGCCAUCCAGUGGACUCAGACUCUUGACAAGGGCGAUGCUAUUCUUGCCGUCCCCGCCCUCCGAGUGAAGGGCAAGAAGCCUCAGGAGCUUGCUGAAGAAUGGGUUUCCAAGUUCCCCGAGUCUCCUCUUAUUGAGAAGCCUACUGCCGCUGGCCCCUUCAUCUCCUUCUUCUUCAAGCCCGGCAAGCUUACUAGCAUGUUGAUCCCUACAAUCCGAAAGCAAGCCGACAACUACGGAAAGAGCCUUUACAAUGGUCUCCGAGACCCCAACGACCCCAACUCGGGCAAAAAGCGCAUGAUUGUCGAGUUUUCUUCCCCCAACAUUGCCAAGCCUUUCCACGCUGGUCACCUGCGAAGUACUAUCAUCGGUGGUUUCCUCGCGAGCUUGUACGAGAGCGCCGGCUGGGAGGUUACCCGAAUGAACUACCUGGGUGACUGGGGUAAGCAGUAUGGUCUGUUGGCUUUGGCCUGGGAGAAGUGGGGUGAUGAGGAAGCUCUGAAAGCUGACCCUAUCAACCACCUUUUCAACCUCUAUGUCCGAAUCAACGUCGACCUGUCUGCUGAGAAGGAGCAGAUUGCGCAAAAGAAGGGUCUUGGCGAGGAUACUACUGCUCUUGAGGCCAACUCUCUCGAUGAGCAGGCCCGAAAGUACUUCCGACGAAUGACAGAUGGUGACCAAGAUGCGGUUGACCUGUGGCGACGAUUCCGAGACCUCAGCAUUGUUCGAUACAAGAAGACUUAUGCCCGACUCAAUAUUGAGUACGACGAGUACUCAGGAGAAUCUCAGGUCCCUGAAGCAGAUAUGGAGAAGGCUGCCAAGGUUCUUGCUGAGAAGGGACUCACUGAGGACGCUAACGGCGCUGUACUGAUCGACUUCUCCAAGCACGUUCCUGGCAAGGCCGGCAAGAGUCUUGAGAAGGUCAUCCUUCGAAAGAAGGAUGGCACUGCUCUGUACCUUACCCGAGACAUUAGCGAGCUUCUCAACCGACAAGAGAAGUACAAGUUUGACCGUAUGAUCUACGUUAUUGCUUCUCAACAAGAUCUCCACUUGAAGCAGCUUUUCAAGACAAUUGAGCUCAUGGGCCAUGAGGAUAUCGUUAAGAAGUGCCAGCACAUCAACUUUGGCAUGGUGCUGGGCAUGAGCACCCGAAAGGGUAAUGUUAAGUUCCUCGAUGAUAUUCUCCGGGAUGUCGCCGAAAAGAUGCACGAGGUCAUGAAGAAGAACGAGACCAAGUAUGCUCAAGUUGAGAACCCGGAGGCCGUUGCCGAUAUUCUCGGUAUCAGCAGUGUCAUGGUUCAGGACAUGUCUGGCAAGCGAAUCAACAACUACAAGUUCGAUAUGGACGUCAUGACGUCUUUCGAGGGCGAUACCGGCCCUUACCUUCAGUACGCCCAUGCUCGUCUGUGCUCUAUUCGCCGACGAGCUGAGCUUACAGAUGAUGACUUGGCAACUGCCGACUUCAGCCUUCUGACUGAGAAACACGCUUCGGACCUCGUCCGACAUCUCAGCCAGUGGCCUGAUGUCGUCCAGAACACCCUCAAGACACUCGAGCCUACUACUAUCCUGACAUACCUCUUUAAGAUGACCCACGUCCUCAGCUCCAGCUACGAUCAUCUCCGAAUCGUCGGCAGCGAGCGAGAGCUGAUGAAGGCCCGUAUGGGUUUGUACGAUGCUGCCCGAAUUGUGCUCCACAACGGUAUGAGCCUGCUUGGUCUCACCCCUGUUGAGCGAAUGUAA